CUGAAGAAGCACAAUAACUGCACUUUUAUUACACCAGUUUUAUGCACUUUUAGGUCAUUAUCGCGCAAAUGUCUGGGGCGCAGUGUUUGGUUGCAUAGCAAGGGGUCAAGGAGUGGACGAUGUACAUAACUGUGUGUUGACUACAUAUUGUAGUAAAACCUACUUUAGAACUCCAAAACCCUUUCAUCAUCUUAAUUUAUGUUCCAGAUGAAACUUUGUGAGAAGCUGUGCUUUGUUGGAGCAAUGGCUUUUCUUCUUACUACAAUGUGUUUCGCCAUCAUCAGACCGGCGCUUGUGUUAUACAGCUUUUCUUUUCUUUUCAUUCUGCUAUACUUCCUGAGGGUUUACAACUACUGGUACCUUUCUUUUGAAUAUUGUGGGUGACAAAUUUAGGAGGAAUAAAUACUUAUUGUUCAUGUUGGACCCAUGCUACUUUACCAACUUUGCGUCGUUGAUCUUCAUCUGGUUAUUGCCGCAUUCACACGCCAUGCAGUUGUUCCACUUCGGUCUUGCCAAUUCGCUAGCCUUCGGUGGGGCGUUUUUGUUCCGUAACACCCUUGCUCUGCACGAUAUCCAAAGACUUACCUCGUGUUUUAUACACAUCUUGCCUGCUCUCUUCUCAUUCCUAAUUCGGUGGCAUCCUUCAAAAACAUCAGUUUGGUGGUAUACCAACUUAUAUGAUUCCCAUGCUUCUCUAGAAUUGUUGUCCUGGAAUAAAGAUAUUGACUGGUUCUGGCUUGUUUCAGCUCCUACUUUAUUCCAUUUCAUACGUGAGGUGCUAUAUUAUACUAUAAUAUAUGGAAUUGUGAAACCCAGUGAUGAAUAUUUAGAUAGUUUCCGAUAUUUACAUAAAAAGAAGAUUCUAUGGCGUUUCCUUUGGAAAUAUAUUGAUGAUCGAUGGCAUUUGAUUAGUUGGAUAGUUUGCAGUAUCUUACUGUCUACAAUUCUCUUAUUAGUUGCUGUCGUCGCAUGGUGCAAUUAUCUAUUUCAUGCAUCUAUGUUAAUUAUCCAAACAUUAACGUUAAUAUGGAAUGGUGCAUGUUUUUAUUUAGACUUUUUCCCUAUUGAAUAUACACGUAAUUUACGAAUAGAACCAGAGCAAGGCAUGAUUACUAUAACUAAAAAUGAAAAUCACAUUGAUAAGAAUAAUGAUAAAGAAAUAAUUGAUGAACGUAUAAUAAACGAUGAUGUUUACAACAACAUAGCUGCUAGUGUAUUUUCAUGUUAUCCAACACCAGAUGAAUCAAAUUCGAAAAUUUAUGAAGAUGGCCAUAUGACAGUUGAUGAACAAAAGGGAUUAAAAUAUGAAAGUAAUACUUCUCAUUAAAAGAUUACCAUGAUUUCUGUAUGAUAUAUAUAUAUAUAUAUAUAUA